AUGUCAUACAGAAUAGCGAUUGAUCGAGGAGAAACUAUUCGAAUGGGAACGACAGUGGCAACAAAUGCACUUUUGGAGCAUAAAGGUGAAAGACUAGCAAUCGCACUCACUAAAGGAUUCAAAGAAAUAUUUCGCAUCGGCAAUCAAAGUCGUGAAAACAUUUUUGAGCUCGACAUCUCGGAUCCAUUUCUGUUGUAUGAAGAAGUAAUAGAAGUCGAUGAACGAGUGGUGCUGCACCAGGACCGAUGUGAAAUCAAAAAGGAUGUUCCUCUAGUGGACGGUAUUUCCAAUGACAAAAUUGAAGUCUGGAAAGCUGUGGAUCGCACCAAAGUGUACGCUGAUUUGAAGCGCGCUUACGAUCAGGGCAUUCGUAGUCUGGCUGUCGCCCUUGUGCACUCUUACACCUUUCCAGAGCAUGAGAGGGUCGUCGAAGAGAUUGCCCGGGAAAUUGGGUUUGAGCACAUUACAGUGAGCAGCAAAAUUAUGCCAAUGGUGCGAUAUGUACUGCGAGGAACAACGGCAAUUACCGAUGCCUACCUAACGCCCCAUAUUCGACGAUACAUUGACAGCUUUUUGGCCAACUUUAAUGAUAACUUUGAUCAGAACAAACUGCUGUUUAUGCAAAGUGACGGCGGGUUGACGUCAAUCGACCACUUUACCGGCUGUCGCAGCAUUCUCAGUGGACCUGCAGGUGGUGUCAUCGGCUAUGCUUUGACAACCACCAAUGACAUUGGCAGUGAUAAGCCAAUCAUUGGCUUCGAUAUGGGUGGCACAUCUACCGAUGUAAGUCGGUACCACGGCAGAUUUGAUCAUAAGUUUGAAUCAAAAACAGCUGGCGUUACCAUUCAGUAUCCUCAAUUGGACAUUUCUACUGUGGCAGCUGGUGGGGGAUCUCGUCUUUACUUUCGGAAUGGUUUAUUUGUAGUGGGACCAGACUCUUCGGGUUCUUUUCCAGGACCUGUAUGCUACCGAAACAACGGAUAUCUUUCAGUGACAGACGCAAACUUAUGUCUAGGACGUUUGUGCCUUGAUUACUUUCCCAAAAUAUUUGGAAAGGAUAAAAAUCUUAGCCUAGACAAGGAAGCAACAAUGUUUGAGUUUCAGAAAAUGACUGAUCAGGUGAACCGCUUUUGCAAAGAAAAUGGCAGAAGUGAAAUGUCAGUUGAAGAAGUGGCACUUGGUUUUAUCAAAGUUGCCAAUGAGACCAUGUGCCGUCCAAUUCGUUCAAUAACGCAAGGAAAGGGAUUCGAUGUCUCUAAUCACAUUUUGGCUUGUUUUGGUGGAGCAGGUGGGCAACACGCUUGUGCCAUUGCUCGAGCCCUUGGCAUAAAAGAAGUGUUUAUUCACAAGUAUGCGGGCAUUCUUUCCGCAUAUGGUAUCGCUUUGGCUGACAUUGUUCACGAAGAAAUGAUGCCUUGUUCGAUGGUUUACAACGGUCAAAAUCUGACGGAAAUCAACUCAAGAAUUGACUCGCUUGUGUCCAAGUGCAAUGCUGCACUCUCAAGUAAAGGCUUCUCAAAUAAGAAUACCAAAUUUGAGAUUUACUUGAACAUGCGAUACGAUCGAACUGACUUUGCCUUAAUGACCAUUUGUGAAGAUGCACCCAAAGCAGGACAAGUUGUUCACUGUGACGAGAACAACUUCCGUGAUGUUUUUCUGAAGCAGUACAAACGCGAGUUUGGCUUUACCAUUGCUGAUCGUCCUAUUAUAAUCGACGACCUUCGAGUGCGUGGAAUAGGCUUCAUUGAGGACACUUUUCUUCCGGACAGUAAAAUGGUGGCUAGUGAAACAAAUGCUCAAGCCUCCAGCCAUACCAUGUGCUUCUUUGAAUCAUUAGGCUUUGUCAGCACACCUAUUUACCUGUUUGAAACUUUAAAGUCCGGCCAGUCGAUGACAGGACCUGCAAUGAUAAUCGAGUCAAACAGCACCAUCUUGGUCGAGCCAUUUUGCACCGCCAAAGUUACUGAGCAUGGAAAUAUUCUGAUUGACGUAAAGAGUGCUUCUUUGUCAAGUCUAUCUACUGACUUAGACCCUAUUUAUUUGUCAAUCUUCUCGCAUCUCUUUAUGAGCAUCGCCGAACAAAUGGGUAGAUGCUUGCAACAUGCUGCAGUUUCGACCAACAUCAAAGAGCGUUUAGACUUUUCCUGUGCCAUAUUUGGACCUUCAGGUCAUCUGGUUUCUAAUGCUCCGCACAUUCCUGUUCACCUCGGUUCUAUGGGCAAGGCAGUAGAGUACCAAAUUGAAACACUUGGUGACAAAAUUAAGCCAGGUGACGUUUAUCUAACCAAUCACCCUUGUGCUGGAGGAACGCACCUUCCUGAUUUGACCGUUAUUACGCCCGUUUUCACUGAACAAAGCAAAAGUCCCAUCUUUUUUGUGGCAAGCAGAGGGCAUCAUGCAGAUAUUGGUGGACUCACUCCAGGAUCAAUGCCUUCAAAUUCGACGUCAAUUUUUCAAGAAGGCGCCGAAUUUAAAUCCUUUCAACUUGUCAAGGACAAUGUGUUCAAUGAGACAGAGUUAAUUGAUGAGUUGAAGCGUCCUGGACAAUAUCCAAACUGCAGUGGGACUCGUGCUUUGAACGACAAUCUGAGUGACAUCAAAGCGCAAAUUGCUGCCAAUCUAAAGGGCGCUAACCUGGUGAACGAGUUGAUUGAUUCAUAUGGUCUCUCGGUGGUUCAGGCGUAUAUGAAUCAUAUUCAGCAAAAUGCAGAGCUCGAAGUUCGAGACCUGCUGAAAAGAGUGGCCAAGGAAAAGAACACAUGCACUUUGUCAGCGGAAGACAUGAUGGAUGACGGAACUGUCAUUGCAUUGACCAUUCGAAUUGAUCCCAUCACCGGAAAUGCUUCGUUUGAUUUCACUGGCACUGGAGAAAUGACCUAUGGAAACUGCAAUGCACCAAAAUCGGUGACAUACUCAGCCAUUAUCUACUGCCUUCGAUGUAUGAUUGGCCACGAUAUUCCAUUGAACCAUGGCUGCCUGGCUCCCAUACAGGUCAUCUUCCCAACUAAUUCAAUCAUUUCUCCGUCGGAAAAUGCGGCCGUUGUUGGAGGCAACGUACUAACAUCUCAGCGAAUUACCGAUGUGAUUUUCAAGGCAUUCGAGUGUUGCGCUGCGUCACAAGGCUGUAUGAAUAAUAUAACUUGGGGUGAUGAGUCUCAUGGGUAUUAUGAAACGGUUGCUGGUGGUGCCGGUGCCACAGCUCAGACAAAUGGCCGAGCAGGUGUUCAUACACACAUGACAAACACAAGAAUAACUGACGUGGAAAUUCUCGAGAAGCGAUACCCGGUAAUUGUGCAAAAGUUCACAAUCAACUACCAAACAGGUGGAGACGGCGCAAAGAGAGGCGGAGACGGUAUUCUUCGGGAAUUGCUAUUUCGCAAGACUUUGACUCUUUCAGUGCUUACCGAGCGACGAGUCUUUAGUCCAUACGGGCUCAAAGGUGGAAAACCGGGGAAAAAGGGAAAGAAUUUAAUUAUUUACAAAGACGGAUUGAAAGUAAACCUAGGCUCAAAGAAUACGAUUCAAGUACAUGCAGGUGACGUUUUUCACCUGUCAACGCCUGGAGGCGGUGGCUAUGGCUCAUCAACUUAA